AUGGCUGAAGUGAUGCACAAAUUCAAACCAUACCCCAGUGAUAGGGACAUAGGAAUGGCAGCAGAGGUGAGUGGAUGGUACGGGUGGAAGACGAGUCUCAAAUUUAAAAUGGGUAAUUUUCGUACGAAGCUGGCCAGAUCUGGAUGUGUGGAGGUAUCUGUCAACACAGGCAAGAGGAGCAAAAGCAACCCUGAAAAUGAACACCCCCACUCAAACAUAAAAAGAGCCAGACGGGCUGAAGUUAACUACCUUCCAGACUUCCCCAGAGGAGAAAAGCAGGAUAGUCUGGAAGAAAUGAGAGUUCAGAUUAUUUCUUUAGUUGAGAAGAGAGAGAAAAACCUAUUGUUGAUAGAAAAUCUUAUGCAGAAGACCUCUGCCCUUCAUCGACAAGAGAUUGUUCUGGAAAACCCAUUGGUGAAGACCUUCUUAGAGAAAUGGCCGGCCCUUCAGAUUGAAGCACAGGUUUGUGCCGAGUUCCAACGCAUUACAAAUGUCAACCUACGGAACCAGUUCUAUGUUGAGCUCGACCGACACACACCACAACUCGUUGCAUUAUUCAGACAGAAGGCAGCACGCACCGGCAAAGUAUCAGAGAUGCUGCGUGACAUCCUAAGUGUUUAUGAUGUCCAGGAUUUUCAUGAUGCCAACAUGAAGCGCACGUUAGUCCUUCGUGCAAUCCCAGUAUACUUACGUGAGGAAGACCCACGGUUCUUUAAGAUGUGGAAU